CUGUGAUUGGUCCGCAGCACCUGUACGCAGGGGGUUUGUCAACUCCGGUCAUACGAUCUGUCAUCAUCCUUCGCACAAUGCAAAAAGGGAAGUUGUAACAAGUGGGUAGAGGGACAUCGCCGAGCCUUAUGAAACCUAAUGUCACGGUAGCCGGCUGGGCGAUCGACACUCCGAACGGACACUGACGUGCCACGAAGACGGGCCCCGAAGACAACGUUCACCGCGGCAAGCUCGCUCCUUGUUGGUAGAUACUUUCUACAGUUGUUCACAGUAAGUCAGCCUCCAGAAGAAGAGACCGGGCAGUGUGACAUGGCAAGUAGAGGCGGAGCUACACGACCCAAUGGGCCAAACGCAGGCAACAAGAUCUGCCAGUUCAAACUUGUGCUUUUAGGAGAGUCCGCCGUGGGGAAGUCAAGUCUUGUACUUCGAUUCGUCAAGGGGCAGUUUCACGAAUUCCAAGAGAGCACCAUCGGAGCCGCCUUCCUGACUCAGACGGUAUGUUUGGACGACACAACGGUCAAGUUUGAGAUCUGGGACACGGCCGGCCAGGAGCGCUACCACAGCCUGGCCCCCAUGUACUACAGAGGGGCCCAGGCCGCCAUCGUGGUGUACGACAUAACAAAUGAGGAGUCAUUUGUACGGGCGAAGAACUGGGUUAAAGAGCUUCAGAGGCAAGCCAGUCCGAACAUCGUCAUCGCUCUGGCUGGGAACAAGGCCGAUCUCGCAAACAAGAGAGCGCUGGACUUCCAGGAUGCACAGUCUUACGCAGAUGAUAACAGCUUGCUCUUCAUGGAGACGUCGGCGAAGACCUCCAUGAACGUCAACGAGAUAUUCAUGGCCAUCGCAAAGAAGCUUCCCAAGAACGAGCCCCAGGCGGCCGGAGCCAACAGCAGGGGGAACCGGGGGGUGGACCUGACGGAGACGGCUCAGCCCACCAGCCGUUCCUGCUGCAGCAACUAACUCUUCCUGCUCACCCACCAGCCCCCCCCCCCCCCCCCCCCCACACCUCCAUCUCACCUCCCCUCCACACACACACACACACACACACACGUCCCUCCUCUGCAAACCCCCCCCCCCAGAACUGAACAUCUGGACAUCGGGCUUCUUGACGUCAGCCCUGACCAUCAAGCUCACGCCCCGGGAAUAGCUAAAGACUCUGUAUAGCUGCAUUUCUAAUACCUUUUUUUGUUUUGUUUUGAUGUUCUUCUAUUUUAUUUUUGAAAUUUUUUUUUUUAAGAAGUGUAUAUCAGUAUAAUGGAUGCAUGUAUCACUACAACGCCUAAAACACAUUCUUAUCUCUUAAGUUGGAAGACUAACCCGCGUGGGUGCGAUGUGUGUGAAUCUCCGACGGGCGGGGGGGGGGGCGGGGGGCGUGGCCUCAUCGGUUCAAAACCAAAUGGUUCCCACCUCGAGAUGCUGUGAGACGUCGAUGCCUUGAGAUCCCUCCCCCUCCUCCCAUUCACAUCUGUUACACAGGAAGACAUCUUCAUCCAAGGCUCCCAGAAUAUAUGUUACAUUUUUAAGCACACACACACACACACACACACACAUAUAAAGGUCUCUUUGAGUAUUGAAAAGCAAACCCGUUUAGCUUCUGCGCCACGGAACGGUCCACAACAACACAGGAACCAGAGGUUCAGGUCCGAUCGCGGAGCCGCUCAUCGGCGCCGUGUCCUCGCCCAGGACAACAGUCUUCGGUUUGGGUGGGUGGAUGUUUUUUUUUUUUUUAAUUUUAAUUUUUUUUUUUAGAAUCCAGUUCAGACCUGCACACCAACAGAAUAUUUGACUUCUGUGGAAACAAAUAUAUAUAUAAAUAUACUCAAAUGUUGUUAAACGGUGCAAUGUCGUCUCCUCCCUCCUAUAGCACAGCUUACAGAGCUCACAAGGAAAACGUCUAGAGAUUCCGAACAAUUGUACAGUUCAAUAUAGCGCUCCUAUUUUACUUUCCCCGUGUCACCAGCUGGUCCAACGUUGAGUAGUGGUGGUCUCGCUCUCUUAGGUAUUUGUAGGGUUGUAAAACUCUCUGGUGUCUUGUUAUUUUUUUUUCGUUUCUCAGAAAUGGUCCACGGUCAUGUUUGAAAGAACCUUUUAUUGCAUUGCACAGUUUUGAUCAUGUGUUAAUUAAUGACUUGCCCUUCGGUUUUAUAUAUGACUGGUUGUAUUGGACGUGGCUAAACCUACAGCUAUAAGCGGGUAGCAUAAGUAACCUUACUGGUGGUCUCUCUUACAGCUUAAUGAAUUUUAAUGAUGUAAAACAGCAUUACUAGUGAUGGGCUGAUCAGUUUUGAGUGUCUGAAUACAACGUAAUAAAUUCAAUAAAGAAGUCUCUUGUA